AUGCGUCGACUAACCUUUCUUGCUUCCAACUGUUGCUUCAAACGAUUGGCUCAGUCUACUAGUCAAAUUCAAUUUUUCCCUGUGGCUAAGGGUUAUUCCACAAAAAUCUUGUAUGACGCAGCACCUCUCCAUACCUCUAAUGUUGCGGUAACUGAAAGUGCGUCAGCACCGUUACGCACCCUGAAAGAAAAUAAUCGUGAGGAUAUAAGUGUACAAGAUUCGAAGGGCCAGGCAGUGAAAAUUACGCCACUUAAUUCUUUUAACGAAUUAGGGAAUCUACCUGAAUGGCUUCGUCUCUCUCUGAAAGAGAUGAGUUUUCCUUCUACUACAAGUAUUCAAAAGUAUGCGAUUCCUGCCCUUGAGGAUGGUCAUGACAUGGUUGGGCUGGCACCAACUGGAUCUGGCAAAACGGUUGCCUUUGCUGUACCUGCCUUGAAACGAAUGAAACCUAACGCGGAUGGGCUACCGUCAGUUCUUGUACUUGCUCCUACACGGGAGCUUGUUCAGCAAACAACUCAAGUAUUCCGAAGACUUGCGCAUAAAGAAAUGCGUAUUUGUGAGGCAUAUGGAGGUACUCCUCGAGAAAUCCAGCAUAGAAGCUUGCAAAGAGGAUGCGAUAUACUUAUUGCAUGCCCGGGGAGACUGACGGACUUUUUGAAAAGCGGUAGCAUAUCAUUGCAAAACCUUUCCUUUCUAGUUUUUGACGAGGCGGAUCGGCUUCUCGAUAUGGGAUUUCAGCCCCAGCUAGAUGAUAUUUUGGGUUAUAUAAAACCAGGGCAAAAAAUUCAAAAGGUCAUGUGGUCAGCCACUUGGCCGGAAUCUGUUCAGAGCUUAGUUCACGAAUAUCUUUCCGAUAGUCGUCUUCUAAUUCGCGCUGGAACUUCAGGAACAGGGUUACAAGUCAAUGAGCAAAUAAAGCAAACUAUUCUCUUCGCAGAGGGUCCGCAUGAGCGCAUAAAAAUGCUUGUUGGUUUGAUUGAUUCCGGGAAGAUCGAUGAGAAUACUGCCAAGCUCAUAAUUUUUGUAGAGCGGCAAUCCGACACUGAAAAUACUGCGCGGGCGUUGAGCCGAGCUCUCAAUAUCGAACCCAGUUACAUUGGUGUUAUUCACGGUGGACUUUCCCAAAGGCACCGUGACAACGUUCUGAAUCGCUUUAAAACCAAUCAGAUCCGUCUUCUGGUCGCCACUGAUGUCGCCUCGAGGGGCUUAGAUAUUCCUGAUGUGACUUGUGUUGUGAACUUCCAGAUUCCUAAGAACAUCGAUAGCUAUUGUCAUCGUAUUGGCCGGACAGGCAGGGCUGGGCGCACGGGCGACGCGUAUACGUUUGUUGGGAGAGAGGAUGGUGCGAUUUCUGCCGAGUUGAUCGAAUAUUUAAAGCGAUGCAAUAUAGAGGUCCCUCCUCAACUUGUGCAGCUUUCUGAAACUCACAAUGAUAAUUUAAGAUAUCGUAAGCGGAGGUCAUACAACCAAAAUCGCGAGCAUGGCUUUCAAAAGCAUUCUUACACAGGUCGUCGUGAGUCCACUGGGUGGUAA